ACAUAAAAUAACAAUAGCUUCCAAAUAACACCAUAUCCAGUGAACUAGUUUCCAAAUAACCCCAUAUCCAGUGAAGACCCGGCCUUGACUCCAGAUCCCCAUUGAAGCAGUGCCGACAAGUUUCAAUGGUUUUUGCUCUUGGUUUCAAUUGCAGUUGAGUGUUUUGUUGUCACUGGACGACCUUACGACGAUGUGAAGUUAACCGUAUUUCGGGUUUUCGGAAGCGACAAGUGGCGAGGAGAUUGGUGGCUUUAGGUGGUCUACGGGCUUCAGCUUUUCCUCGGUGGCACUUCUUAAAUAAUCAUAUCAUAUCCCAGUGUCGCUGGUGGUCAUUUGAUCACUUAGGUUGAGGUGAUGGAGGUCUCAAACCGUCUCUCUUGGUAAGUUUGGAAUUUAAUGGAAGCUGCGGAUGCGCCGGUGAAGAGAAAGGGGAGAUAAUCCGGAGCCAGCAGCAACGACGAGUGUCACAUCUGAAGUUAUGACUUACUUGCGGUGUUACUCAUCCCCAGAAAGCUAUGGAGAAUGCAAAUUUUAAGCAUUUUUUAACACUGUUAACUUAAGACAGGGUAAAAAAAAAGGAAACUUUUGCAAACCAAGUUGCUCUAGUUCAAUGGGUUUUGCUCGAGCAAGAGUAUCGAUACUCACUCUGUAUGUACCGUUGUUGCAGCUGCUUAUAGUACUCAGGUCAUUUUAUUUUUCUUUGUUGUAAUUUUAGCAUGUAAGAAGAGUCAACCACAAACUUGGUAGUUAUCACUUAUGACCGUCAUGCUACCGUCUUCAUUGCAAAGAAUUCAAAUUUGGCUCCCACUAGCGUAGACUUGGACUCUUGAUUAUUAUCUAGACUUUGACCUGUAUUAUUAAUUUACAUUGCAUCUUCAGAACCACUUGUGAGAUGAUAUCCAUUGCUAAAUUUUUCCACUUUGCAAGUUUCAUGCUCUUGAAACUAUGUGCACCAUCCUCGCUUUUUUAACAUUAUCUCUCUUGUUAGGAGAAUCAUGCUGUCAGACGGAUACUCUGCUUCAGGGGCAGUUCUUGAAAGAUGGGCAAGAGCUGGUUUCAGCUUUCAAUAUCUUCAAGCUCAAGUUCUUCAACUUCAAGAACUCCAGAAAAUUGUAUCUUGGUGUUUGGUACAACAAUUUGUAUCUGAAUGAUGUCCAGGACAGACCCGUCUGGAUAGCUAACCGUGACAAUCCGAUUCCUAGACGCCCUGGAAGCCUCAUGAUUGACUCUCUUGGCAGACUGAAGAUUUUAAGAGGAGGAGCAUCAAGCCUACUGCUUAACCUGAGUUCUACUGAAAGCACUGGAAACACUACCCUCAAGCUGUUGGAUUCCGGAAAUCUCCAGCUCACGGAGAUGGGUCCUGGUGGAUCCACGAGGGUUCUGUGGCAGAGCUUUGAUUAUCCGACUGAUACUCUUCUCCCUGGGAUGAAACUCGGUUUCAACGUCAAGACCAAGAAGAGAUGGGAGCUGAGAUCAGGGCUAAGUGAUACUUUACCAGCUUCUGGAUCUUUUGUAUUUGGGAUGGAUGCCAAUAUAUCAAACUUAUUGACCAUCUUGUGGCGUGGAAAAAGGUAUUGGGCAAGCGGCCUCUGGUUCAAAGGUCGUUUCUCCUUGGAGGCAUUCAACAACUACGAAUCGGUCUUCUCUUUUAACUCAACAGAGAGUGAACGCAACUUCAUGUUUUCAGUUGAUCGCCGCUAUCCUGAAACAGUGUUUCCCACCAUAACGAUAGACCAACAUGGUUUUUUGCGUAUAAACAGGCUUGACAGAGAGCUAGCACAUGUCCGUUGCUCUCCUUUCACUUUGACUAAAGAGGUCAGUUCCAGGGAUCGGUAUAGGCAAGAUUACAGCGGUCGGUAUGAGAAAGAGUACAGGGAUUGGUAUGAGAAAGAGAUCAGAGAUGGGUAUACGGAUCAGUAUGAGAGAGAGUACAGUGAUCAGUAUGGGGGAAAAUCCAGAGGUUGGUAUGAAAAAAAUUCCAGCGAUUGUUAUGGGAACAAAUCCAGGGAUUGUUUGCAGGCUGGAUGCACAGUUCCUGAUAUGGCACAUGGGUUCCUGAACUGCAAUCCCUUUCGCUCUACCUAUUUCAAAAAGGCAGGACCAGCUUUACUAGGCAGUGGAUCUGUGCUUAAUGAGACUGGUGGAAGACUUAGUUCAGCUGAUUGCCAUGUUAUAUGUCUGCAGAACUGUUCUUGUGUUGCCUAUGCCUCAACCAAUGUGGAUGGUACGGGCUGCGAGAUAUGGACUGAUCCCUGCAAGCUGUGGUAUACUGAUCCUACCAACAACAGGUCGUCUUCUUCUCCUACUUCCAGAAGUAUAUAUAUUCGUGAACAAGGUCCGACAUGUAUGGAAAGUGAUUCGGGAAAUAAUUAUCCGGGCUUUGGGGGAGACAGAGACAAUGGAAAUCCAGUAGUUUGGCUAAUUGUUGGAGCAUCGCUCUUUCUAACCAUACUUGUGAUUGGCUUCAUCAUCUAUAAGUAUAAAGUAAAAGUAACUAAUAUAUUCCGCAAAACAUUCUACUUUUUACGUGGGAAAAUCAUUCAACUAAGCAAGGCCGCUUUUUACUUUUCACGGGAGAAAAUCAUUCAACCAAGUAAGGCGGCGUUUAGCUAUCUAUGGAGGAAAAUCAUUCAACCAAUGAAUGGUUUCAUUGGGAGGAGGCUUCUAACACUGAGGUAUGGUUCAGCAGUAGAUCGCGAAUUGUUACUGCGUGAACUGGGAAUUGAUAGGAGAGGCAGGCACAGGAGAAGUGCAAGGAAGAAUAAUAAUGAACUUAAUAUUUUUAGCUUUGAGAGUGUAGCCUUGGCAACAGAUUACUUCUCUGAUGAGAACUUGCUCGGUGAAGGAGGUUUUGGUCCGGUGUAUAAGGGGAUGUUGAUAAGUGGGGAAGAAGUGGCGAUCAAGAGACUAUCAAUGGCAUCAGGGCAAGGACUGGUGGAGUUCAAGAACGAGGCCAUGCUUAUUGCAAAACUUCAACACACGAAUCUCGUUCAGUUGCUAGGAUGUUGCAUUGAGAAGGAUGAGAAAAUGUUGAUUUAUGAAUACAUGCCCAACAAGGGCCUUGAUUACUUCCUCUUUGAUCCAUUGAGGAAAAAUGUUUUAGAUUGGAGGCUGCGGUUCAGGAUCAUGGAAGGGAUCAUUCAAGGGCUUUUGUACCUUCACAAGUACUCGAGAUUGAAAGUAAUACACAGAGACAUCAAAGCCAGUAACAUUUUGCUGGAUGAGGAUAUGAAUCCGAAGAUAUCGGAUUUUGGGAUGGCUCGGAUAUUUGGAGCCCAAGAAUCCAAAGCCAACACUAGAAGAGUUGCUGGAACAUUUGGCUAUAUGUGUCCUGAGUACUUCAGAGAAGGACUAUUCUCGGCUAAGUCAGAUGUGUUCAGCUUCGGGGUUCUGAUGCUUGAAAUCAUUUGUGGAAGGAAGAACAAUAGCUUCCACCGUGACUCAGAAGGACCUCUCAAUCUCAUAGUUCAUGUGUGGAAUCUGUUUAAAGAGAACCGAGUUGGCGAGGUGAUAGAUCCUUCUUUGGGAGAUUCUGCACUUGAGAACCCUCAAGUGUUGAGAUGCUUUCAAGUUGCUCUCUUGUGUGUACAAGAAAAGCCAGAAGACAGACCAAGUAUGUUAGAUGUUGUGUCCAUGAUAUACGGCGACGGAAACAAUGCUCUUUCUUUGCCUAAAGAGCCAGCUUUCUAUGAUGGUCCCCGGAGAAGCUCGCCAGAUACAGAGGUUGGGCAACCGGAGUCGGAAAAUGCAUCAGUAAACAGAGUUUCCAUCACGGUGAUGGAAGCAAGGUGAAACUAGAGUUACCAUCAUUGGUGUUGUAAUAAUUUAUUUAAUCUCAGUUAAUGUUUGUAAGCUUAGCUUGCAUCUUUUCUAUGCACAACGGUAAAAAAUUGUAUUGAGCUUUUUGGUUUUUUAACCAAACGAAAGAUGUUCAAACUAUAAACUCUCUUCAUGGGGAGGGUUUUUGAUGACUGUCA